CGUAAUAUAUGACGUCUUAAGUGUUUAUCAUUGAAUUGACAGUCAAUUGAUUGUAAACAACACAACAUUUGCCGCCAAUUCAUUGAUUGCAACCAUUGAUGCAAUUCAUGACCACUUCAUUGAUCACAUUCACACAUAUAUGGAGUUCAACACUAAAGACCAUCAGUUUACCGAAGUGGACGAAGACUUACGACGUAUCGGUGAGCGUGAAGUCAACAGCAAAAAGUUGUGUCCAUUUGGCAGCAAAUGUUACCGAAAAAAUGUCCAACACUUACAAGAGUAUAGACAUCCGUCCGAUUUAACCACCGGUGCCACACAUAAGCACACGACAUCAGACAAAACACCGUCGGUCAAAAAAGGCAAAAUUACCGAUUAUUUUGGCCAAAAACCAAACACUGAAAACAAGUUAUUAAUUAAGACAUCCAAAGAUUAUAACUUUGAGAUUAUAGGCCACGACUCAGACAAUGAGAUACCACACUCUACUUAUUCAUCAGACAAUAAAACAACAAAACUAACAAAUUCUUCAUCAGUGCGCAAAACAAAUGGUAAGGAAAAGAAAAAUAGAAAAAGAGUGGCUAAUGAUGACAAUGACAAUGAUUUUGAUGAUAAUUUGAAAGCCAUUAUUAAAGAUAAUGAUAUGACAACCAAACGAAGAAAUGAUGUAUCUCAUUCACCAAAGAUAACAAAAUUACAAAUAAAUUCCAGUGAUGACGAUAUUUCUUGUAUUGUUCAACAAAAUGAUAUACCGAUAAUGAAAAACGAUGACAAAGUAUUUGAUGUCCAGAAGUCCGACAAAUCACUACUAUUUCCUGUUAAGCCUAAAAUAACGCCGAAAGAGUUCAAUGAGAUGUCGAAAGAUUUAUUUUUGGUGAAAAUGCCGAAAGAUUUUUUCUAUUUGUGGCAAUUCUGCAAAACUAUUAAACCACAUAAACCUGAAGACGCUUUGAUCGAAUGCUUAAACUUAAGACUCGUUGGUCCGUAUGAUCUAAUGACUGGAAGGAUUAAAAAAGAUUUGAUUAAAAAUAGUGAACAAAUACUGUGUCACUGGAGAUAUUACUAUGAUUUACCUGAAAUGCAGACAAUUAUUGCUUCAAAUCGAAAUGGCUAUCAUUUAGCUUAUUUUAGAGACACACCCGAUGAUGACAACCCUGUAGUUGUGUCCAAUAAUGGAGAUAAUUGUAUAAUUGAAGGAAUUGGCGAUAAUAUAUUUGCCGCUAUUUAUUCUGUGAUUAUGAAAAUGAAGAGCAAAGGAUCUCCAAAUAAAACUUUAAAUAACUUGGAGUCAAAAAUCAAAGAGUUUUGUACUAAUAAUAAGAUUAAAUUGAUUGAAUCGUCAAAACUACGACAACGAAAGAUUAAGAUUAACUCUAAGACAUUCAAUUCAUUUGGAAUCGUUGUUCCGCACGAUGAGAAAACUGAUGUCGGCUAUCGACCACUUCCUCAAAGUGAUACACAACUUAAGAAACUAUUGGCAUCUAUAAUGAAAUUGGAUGUCGAUAUGAGAAACGACAGCAAAUCAUUAUCCGAACUCAAAGAAAUUAUCCAAUUAGUCAGUUAUGCCAGCGAUGAGUGUGACUUUGGUAUGGGUCUUGAGUUAGGUGUAGACCUGUUUUCUUACGGCGAAGACUUCUUUCAUAAAUCAAUACUUCAUUUACUAUCAAACGCUUAUGAUUUGCUAAAGAGAGUACCGUUUGCUCGUAUACUCAGAGCUCAUAUCAAUAAUAGACGUAAAGGUUUUCAAUUAGAUUGUCUCUAAAUCAUUACAAUUUUUAUUUAAUUACCGGUAGAUUCUAAAUCAUUGCAAUU